AUGGUGAUAUUGAACCUUGGAAAGAAGCAUGGUAAGAACAAGUUGGAGAAUGAAGAAGGAGUGAGACUUGGAAAAUAUGAAUUGGGUAGGACUCUUGGUGAGGGCAAUUUCGGUAAAGUAAAGUUUGCUAGGAACACUGAUUCUGGACAACCUUAUGCUGUUAAGAUUGUUGACAAGACCAAGAUCAUUGAUCUCAAUAUUACCAACCAGAUAAAGAGGGAAAUAUGUGCCUUAAAGCUCCUAAGGCAUCCCAAUGUUGUUAAAUUAUAUGAGGUAUUGGCUAGUAAAACAAGAAUUUGCAUGGUACUUGAGUACGUGACUGGACAAGAGUUAUUUCACAAAAUUGCUUCCAAGGGUAAACUUAAUGAAACAGAAGGUAGAAAGCUGUUCCAGCAGUUGAUCGACGGCGUCAGCUACUGCCACAGCAAAGGUGUCUUCCACAGGGAUAUCAAGCUUGAGAAUGUACUUGUGGAUGCUAAAGGAAAUCUAAAGAUAACUGACUUUGGCCUUAGUGCUUUACCCCAACAAUUUAGGGAAGAUGGGUUGUUGCACACAACAUGUGGAAGUCCAAACUAUGUUGCACCAGAGAUUCUUGCUAAUAGAGGCUAUAAUGGUGAUUCGUCAGAUGUAUGGUCGUGUGGUGUUAUCUUGUAUGUACUCCUAACAGGAUACCUACCUUUUGAUGAUAGAAAUCUCGCAGUUCUCUAUCAGAAGGUUUCAAAAGGAGAUUGUCAGAUACCGAAAUGGAUAUCGUCUGGUGCACGGAACAUUAUAAAGAGGAUUCUUGAUCCCAACCCUGAAACCAGAAUAACAAUGGCGGGGAUCAAAGAAGAUUUGUGGUUCAAGGAAGGAUAUUGUCAAGCAGAUCCUGAGGACGAGGAUGAGGAUGUAUACGUUGAUAAUCGAGCCUUUUCCGUCAAUGAAUUGGUAUAUACAAAUGAAGAAGAAAAAAGGAGAUCAGAAUCUCCGAUCCGUAUCAAUGCAUUUGAGUUGAUAGGGAUGUCUUCAAGCCUAGACCUGUCUGGACUUUUUGAGAACGAGCACGUAUCCGAGAGGAAGAUAAGGUUUACAACUAACCUUUCAGCCAAAGAGCUGAUGAAGAAGAUUGAAGAUUCUGCGGCAGAUACGGAAUUUAGAGUUCAAAAGAAAAACGGAAAAAUAAAAGUGAUUCAAGAAAGUAAGGAGCAUAAAACCCCUGGCAGCCUCUCGGUGACAAUAGAGGUUUUCGAAAUAAGUUCAUCAUUGUAUGUAGUAGAAAUAAGGAAGUGUUAUGGAGAUGGCUCUGUAUAUAGACAGCUAUGCAAGAAAUUAUUAAAUGAUUUUGGUGUUCCCCAAGGAAAGCGCUAG